AUGUCUGCACGGGAGAAUCUCUUGGCACGGCAGACUCUAGAACACACUCUUGGUCACACAGGGGCCACUGACCUGGACGUGGCAAUGUUUCACCGCAACGGAGGUGAGGACUCAGACUCAGAUUCUGAUCUCUCACUGGAAGAGGAGCGGAGUUUGUCCAUCCCAUCAUCAGAGAGCGAGGACAAUGUGCGGCUGCGUGGACGCAUCCAGCGGCGUUUCAAACGGUCUGGUCACGGCAAACGUUUACUCACAGAGCCCACACACAAUGGUGGAAAAGAGCUGGAUGGCAAUGACCUGCUCUCCUAUUGGCCAGCGCUGGAAGGCUGCGAGGCACACUCACUGCAGAAAUGGGGCUCAGAGCGCCGCCUAGGGGGCGACUACAACAAGGACGCAGCUAAUAACAACCAGCCAGAUGCAGCGCUGACCAGCGGAGAUGAGAACGGACUCACACACAGACACCGCAAGGGAAUCCUGAAGAAUCGUCUGGGAUGCCCUCCUGCUCUGCAGGGCCUGUCUGCCGUGGGUCGAGCUCCCAGCGAGAUGUCUUGGUACAGGACCUCAACAUUGGGUCACAGAGGUGUCCCAGCUGCCUCCUACGGUCGUAUGUACUCCGGCACUGGUUCGCUGUCCCAACCUGCUUCCCGAUACUCUUCCCGUGAACACCUGGAUUCGCUUGUGCGACACCAGCGUUCUCGGGACAACCUCGACCUGUUGCCGAGACGACGCGAGUUUGGUGCCGAACACCUGGGUGGGUCCAGAGAGAGGCUGGGCCCCGUUCACAGUAUCCAUGCCUCCAGAGAGGAUCUGGUGGGCAGGGGUGGCAUGGUGGGUUUAAUGGGGGCAGAGGGUUCAUUAAGCGGUUCGAGAACGCAGCUUAACACUCUAACAAGGCAACAGGCCUCUCGGGAGCACCUCGGAGGGGCUCUUAUGAGCAGUCGGUCCCGGGAGCAGUUGGAAUCUAACGGCGGAGCACAGCCCUGCAGGGAGUGGCUGAGAACCCUGCCGCCCCGACAGCUCUCACACCCUGAGCCACACCCACCCUCUUCACCCCCUCCACCAAUCACAGAGGAACCCCAGGAAACCCUGCCCUCUCGCCGCGGUCGCCUAGACUCCGCCCCCCCAUGUAGGUACCCGCCAUCUGCAGCUGCACCUGGAGCUCCAUCCAGUCGCCCGCCCUCUAGUGAACACCUGGAUAUCCUCUCCUCCAUACUCGCCUCCUUCAGCUCCUCUGUCUUAACCCCGCCCCCUAACCCUGUCUCUGCCUUGGCAGGCCCCUCCCCUUCCCCACCUCCUCGCUCUGCAACCUCUCAGAGCGUCUCUGAAGUGUCACCUGACUCUGAAGUUAACAGAAGUGAUGGACAAUCUUGAUGAUUCCUUCGCAGUCCCAUAAUGCACCUCUGCAGAUGGGCUCAAGAAUCACAGGACAAAGCCAACCGGAGCGUUCAGGACUCCUACUGUACUUCACCCUGGGAAAAACAUAGGACAUGAGAGUGAAGUUGUUCAUCAAGGGCUUGAGACAUCACCCUCCUGAGAACAGACAGGAAAUCAAACCAGAGAAGGUGGAUUUCUAUGAUUUUCAAUUAAUCCAAACUACAAACCUCAGAUUUCAGACCAACAGCUGAGAGGACUGGUCAGAGACAAAGAGAGAGAGGGAAAAAAAACUGUACAGAACAUUUUUAUACUUUUUGUAUCUUUUUCAUCAAAGAUCAAAGAUGAUGUGUGAUGUUUAUGAAGAUUGUGUGGAUAUGUGUUUAAGUGGGUAGGAUCGAAAAAAUCAUUUUCAAACCCAUUCCGAGCCAAAACAGUCCCAAACAUUCCCAAUCUUUCCACUCCAACAUGUGUUUAUGCAACAAGCCACACCCACUGAUAGACCGAAGAGAGUCUAAAAAGAAAAGGAUUGGUCUGUGUAAAUGCAGAACUUAUUGGCCCAAACAUGGGAUUGGUGGGAAACUCCAGAGACAGUGAUUGUAAUUAUAAAGAAUUAUGAAACAGAAGAUAUGUUUGAACGGUAAUGAUUGUCAGUCAAUGGAUUGUUUUCAGACAGGUGACUUGAUUGGAAGAUUUUAGCUUGAUCUAAACCCAUUUCUUCAACAAACCCCAACAAACUCAUGCUUGUAUGAAAUGCCUAUCCAGUUUCUGGAAUAUUUUUGGCCAAACUGCUCUGAAAUAAUAUCGAAGCAUGUGUUGAAGUUUGUUGCAGCUGUGUGAAGAUACAUUUUAAUCAUUCAUGUAACUAGCCUACAGGACUUCGUAGCAUAAUUAAGACCUCUUUCAGAUCCAGGAUUAUCAGAAUUCAAACAUUGCUUAAGGAAAUGUUACUCAAAGAUCCCAAAUCAGCUAUUCAAGAGAAGAUAUUUAAUCCAUCUUUGAUUUCUUUUCUAACAAAGAGAGCAUAUCUAAAUAUCAGUCAUUAUUGUCUCUGUGGAGUAUUGAAUAAUCUUAGUGCUUCAGAGGAAGGAACAUUGUAAAAUGAGCUAAAUACAAGCAUUAAGGUGAGAUGAUUUCAAAAUAUCAAGCUCCUGUUUAAAAGGGAAAUCGUGCUUCAUCAUAUGACUUUAUCUCUUUAGUCAUUUGCAGUAUUACCAUGAGUUUUGCCAAAAAGAGUGCCCUAUAUCAUCCCUUUUAUACCUCUUACCUGUCAUAAAGUGCUCCAGUACUUUUUCUAUUCAUGGUUUUAUAUUUUAUUUAUUACUACAUAACUUUAUCUU